GGGAAUCCUCCCAUUUGAUGACGUCAGAUUCGGCUUCGACAAGCUGGUGGUGCCGGAAGAAAAGAUGGCGGAUCAUGAGGAGCAGUUAUCUGAUGAGGAGAAGGUACGCAUAGCAGCAAACUUCGUCAUCCACGCCCCACCGGGAGAGUUCAACGAAGUUUUCAAUGAUGUACGAUUGCUGCUCAACAAUGACAAUUUGCUCAGGGAAGGUGCAGCACAUGCUUUUGCACAGUACAACGUGGACCAGUUUACACCGGUGAAAAUAGAGAAAUAUGAAGAACAGGUCUUAAUCACAGAGCAUGGAGACUUGGGCAAUGGGCGGGUCCUGGACCCUAAAAACAAGAUCUCCUUUAAGUUUGACCACCUGAGGAAGGAAGCCAGUGACCCGCGGCCCCACGAUGUGGAUGGAGCCAUGGAGGGCUGGAGGAGUGCUGUGGAUGGUGCUGUCCGGGCCUACGUCAAGGAGCACUACCCCAGCGGAGUCUGCACCAUUUACGGCAAAACCAUAGACGGACAUCAAACCAUCAUCGUGUGUAUCGAGUGUCAUCAGUUUCAACCAAAAAACUUCUGGAACGGACGUUGGAGGUCAGAGUGGAAAUUCACAAUCGGCUCCUCCACCACUCAAGUGGCUGGCAUCAUGAAAAUCCAGGUUCAUUACUAUGAAGACGGCAACGUUCAGCUGGUCAGCCACAAAGAGGUCCAGGAGUCGAUGUCCAUUUCUGACGAAGCUGCAACUGCAAAGGAGUUCGUUAAGAUCGUGGAGGCUGCAGAGAACGACUACCAGACUGCCAUCAACGAGAAUUACCAGACCAUGUCGGACACCACCUUCAAAGCCUUGCGCCGCCAGCUUCCCGUGACGCGCACCAAGAUCGACUGGAACAAGAUCUUGAGCUACAAGAUUGGCAAGGAGAUGCAGAACGCUUAAAAGCAAACAAAACAGAAAACCCCAACAUUGCAUGACUGGAUUGUUGUAUCGUCUUUGUACAAAUUAGAUUAAUGGGGGCAAAAAAAGGUUUGGUCUCAGAAAAAAAUGUCAAACAUUAUUACACUUAUUAAGAUGUCUACUUUUAUGAAUGCUUUUAUACAGACACCGUUAAAAACAUAAUCUGUAUAAUACAUAGAUGAUGAUAAUCAUGAUGUUGUUAUUAUUGGCAAAAUAGGACGUGGAGGACGACGUAGUACAUAAAGGAGAGGGCGGAGCGUCGUAUGCAAAACAACCUGAUAUAAUACGUCUCAAUGUAUGUGUGCAAUAUUUAUAAAUAUGGUGGUGAGACCACACCUUUUCUUUGACCCAAAGAAAAACAAUUCCAAUUGUAAUGAUGAAACGAUUAUUUUUUGAAGAGUAUCACUGUAAAAUAAAUUCAGAGUAGGACUUUAUUGGCAAAUACAGGAUAAGAGAAUCCUCUACUGUACAACACGGUUACUGUUUCAAAUGACAUCUUUUGCACAAGCGGUUAGUCACCUUUGCCAACGUCGACCACUCAAUGUUCUUCUUGUUACACUUCAUAUUGGUACUCUCCCCACGGUUUGCCUCAUAUGUGAAAAUCUCAAGCUUGCGACCCUCCUGGCUAAACUGCAGUUUAACUCCCUGACUUCUGAACUGAACAUUCAUUUAGCAAAAAAGGAGAAUAACUGAUACCUUGACAAGCUUAAUUAACAAUUAAUUGCUACUAAAUGUGGAUAAUGUUGAAUUAAAUUUACAAUAAAAGGUACAAGUAUAAUUUUCUCCUCCAGUGCUUAUUUUGUAUUAAAAUAGAUCUGACUAUUAUAACAUGACGCAUUGUAAUAUAUAUACCUGUAUUAAACAUCCUUGUCUGACA